AUAAGUACAUAAGAAGAAGAAUAACCUUAAAAGUUUCCUUGUGAAUCUAAACUCAAAAACUUUGUCAAACUCUUGAUAGUUUUGUUUAAUACUUGAUAUUAUUUUUAAUUGAAAUAAUCAUGGUUGUAAAGCAACUGUGUUUCAUGUUUAGAAAUAUUUCGCUCGAACAUAAUAUUUUAUGUAAACGAAACUUUUUUACAAGCACUUUCAACUGUAGAGAAACGACUGAUCGAAAAGAAAUGCUAAGAUCUGCCCCAGCAACUGAUGAAGGCGCAGUCGGUGAAAAAUCGAUUGAUGUAGAUUCUAUUAUUCAUAAGAAUAGUGAUACCUUUCCUACCUUCGAUACACCAAAUAGGAUAUUCAAUGGGAUAGCUUUCAAAAAUUUACCUAUAUUUAAUAUAAGAGUGUCGCCAAAUAAUACAAUAGUUUGCUUAACUGAUGCGAAAGGUAAUUUUGUUUCACACUAUGCUAAUUCAUUUCUUGAUCGAAUCAAACCUGCCAUUAUUUCAUCUCUCAAUUUUAUCUUACAGAAAGCACUUGAAAAAGGAAUCAAAACUGUUCGAGUGCGAGUAAGAGGUUUGGGUCCUGGAAGAAUGGCUGCAAUAAAAGGACUUCAGCUUUCUGGAUUGGAGAUUGUUUCAAUAACUGAUAGUACACACGUUUCUUGGAAUCCUCCAAGAGCAAGAAAGCAAAGGAAGCUGUAAUCAGCAGUAUUUUCAUUGGUUCAGAUUUUGUAAAUAAAGUAUAUCAUCCAUAUUCUGGACCUUAUUCAAUGUAUGCAGUUGUUCAAAAAAUAUAAAACGUUUGUUUGAAAGUGAA